AAUGCAGUGGCCACUCAAGGGUCAAAGUUUCCACCAUGCCAGUUAGAGCAAGGUCCGAUAGGUUUUUAUGGCAAGGAGGCUUCGCUAAACCCAGCUCAUUUGCAGCAAUGCUUUGGAUGAGGAGACUUGCUUGGGUUCUCUCCCUGAUCUUGUGUUCUGUCCACAUAGCAGCUGUGUCGAUCAAGCAUCUUUUGAAUGGACACGACCAUGAUACAGAUAUCGGCGAACAGAAGGACAUUUCAGAAAUCAACUUAGCUGCAGGCCUGAACCUCUUUCAAGGGGACAUCCUUCUGCCAAGAACCAGAAAUGCCCUGAGAGACCCAAGAAGCAGGUGGAAGUUCCCGAUUCCGUACAUUCUGGCUGACAACCUGGAUCUGAAUGCUAAAGGAGCCAUCCUCAAUGCCUUCGAGAUGUUCCGCCUCAAGUCUUGUGUGGAUUUCAAGCCCUAUGAAGGGGAGAGCUCAUACAUCAUCUUCCAGAAGUUUUCUGGGUGCUGGUCCAUGAUUGGUAAUCAACAUGGGGGCCAGAACCUUUCUGUUGGCGCGGGCUGUGCCUAUAAGGACACCAUUGAACAUGAGAUCCUACAUGCUCUGGGAUUUUUUCAUGAGCAGUCAAGGCCUGACCGGGAUGAUUAUGUGAACAUCUGGUGGGAUGAAAUUAUCCCAGACUAUAAAUACAACUUCGACAUAUACGAUGACAACAUCCUCACAGACCUCAACACCCCCUAUGAUUAUGAGUCCUUGAUGCACUACAGACCCUUUUCCUUUACCAAGAAUGAAAGUGUCCCUACCAUCACGACUAAGAUCCCCGAGUUUAACGCCGUCAUUGGACAGCACCUGGACUUCAGUGCCAUUGAUUUAGAGAGACUGAAUCGAAUGUACAACUGCACCACAACGCAUACCCUGUUGGACCACUGUGCCUUUGAGAAGACCAACAUCUGUGGCAUGAUCCAGGGGACCAGAGAUAAUGCUGACUGGGUUCAUGAGGACAGCAGUCAGCCUGGACAAGUGGAUCACACCUUGGUGGGACAGUGCAAAGGUGCUGGCUACUUCAUGCACUUCAAUACCAGCUUGGGGGUGACGGGAGAGGUAGCCCUUCUGGAGUCUCGGAUCCUCUACCCCAAGAGGAAGCAGCAGUGCUUGCAGUUUUUUUAUAGGAUGACAGGAAGCCUUGCAGACAGACUCCAUAUCUGGGUGAGAAGGGAUGACAACACGGGCAACGUGCGCAAGUUGGCCAAGAUACAGACCUUUCAAGGAGAUUCUGACCACAACUGGAAAAUUGCUCACGUGACACUCAAGGAGGAAAAGAAAUUUCGCUAUGUGUUCCAGGGCAUCAAAGGUGAUCCUGGUAACUCAGGUGGUGGUAUUUACCUGGAUGACAUCACUCUGACGGAAACCCCCUGCCCUGCAGGGGUUUGGACCAUCCGGAAUAUCUCCCAGAUCCUUGCAAACACAGCGAAAGGGAACAAGCUCCUGAGCCCCAGGUUCUACAGUCCUGAGGGCUACGGCUUGGGGGUGACCUUGUACCCCAAUGGUAGAGCCACCAGUAACUCUGGUUACCUGGGGCUGGCUUUUCACCUGUGCAGUGGGGAUAAUGAUGUGAUUCUGGAGUGGCCAGUGGAAAACAGACAGGCCAUAAUGACCAUACUGGACCAGGAACCUGAUCCCAGGAACAGGAUGUCCUUAAGCUUGAUGUUUACUACCUCCAAGAACCAAACCUCUUCAGCUAUAAAUGGCUCUGUCAUCUGGGACAUGCCAUCCAAGGUGGGAGAGUAUGAUAAGGAAUUUGGCUAUUAUAGAAGCAUUGACUGGGGCUGGAGCCAGGCCAUCUCCCACCAGCUACUGACGAGAAAGCGUUUCCUGAAAGAUGACACCCUCAUCAUCUUCGUGGACUUUGAAGAUCUCACCCACCUGAGUCAGACGGAAGUUCCCAUUACAGCUAAAACUGUGAUCCCCCGAGGCCUCCUUCUUCAUGAUCAGGAGCCUCCUGCCUUGGGAGAAGGCUCUGGAAAAGCCAUUCAGGAGGAAGCCCUGUCAAGCAGCUUGGGUCAAGAACAGCCCAGCAGACAUAAGCGCUCCGUGGAGAAUACUGGCCCCAUGGAAGACCACAACUGGCCACAGUACUUCAGGGACCCCUGUGAGCCAAACCCUUGCCAGAAUGAAGGCACCUGUGUAAACGUGAAGGGGCUGGCCAGCUGCAGGUGCGUCUCCGGGCGUGCAUUUUUUUACACGGGGGAGCGCUGUCAGGCCAUGCAAGUCCAUGGCAGUGUGCUGGGCCUGAUCAUUGGCUGUGUCACUGGUUUGAUCUUCUUGACCCUCAUCACUUUCUCCAGCACUUACCAAAAGCUGAGGCAGUGAGCAGCUACCUGCUGACUCCCACCAGACCUCAGAAGGGCCCCCUCCACCCGGACUUUCCUUCCUGCCAUCAGCGUAUGUUGGGAUAGUUUUUAUCAACCAUCUUUGAGAGGACCUCCAAAACCAAGGCCGUACACAAACUUCAUGUGGGGCUCUGACCACUCCCACCCCUGCACAGUUCUGUUAUCUUCCUGUGAAUUCCUGGUCAACCCAUUAUGUCCUCAGACAGCAGACAUUGCAUUUAAUUAUAGAUGCUCUGCUCCCUUGACCGUCUCCUCUUAA